UUCCGGCUUGUCCCUCCUUCCUGCUCCCAACCACCACCUCCGCCGCCACCGCCGUCUUUCCAAAUCUCAAAGAGGUCCAGCGGGAUGGAGGUCAGGGUGUGGACCGUGUGUGUGCUUUUGGCGUUGGAGCUCGGAUGGACGGCCGCGCAGAGUCACACCAACUACACUAGGCCUGUCUUCAAGUGCGGGGGGCAUCUGGUCGUCGAUUCGGGCAUCGUGGCCAGCGAGGGCUUCCCCAGUCCUUACAAAGCCAACAGCAAAUGCACCUGGUACAUCACUGUCCCCGAAGGUCACGUGGUCAUGCUGUCCUUCCGCCUAUUCGACAUGGAAGCAGAGCCCACCUGCCGCUACGACUACUUGGACGUCUACAACGGCCACACGCGCUUGGUCCAAAAGCUGGGCCGCUUCUGCGGGACCUUCCGGCCCGGAGCGGUCAUCUCCACGUCCAACACCAUGAUGCUGGAUAUGGUGUCGGACGAGGCCACGGGGGGGAGAGGCUUCCUGGCCUACUUCCGGGCGGGGAAACCACAUGUGGAAGAGAAUCAAUUCUGCGGCGGGCGGUUGACCAAAUCCCAGGGCUCCAUCCAGACGCCCAACUGGCCCAACUCCAACUACCCGGCAGGCAUCAGCUGCUCCUGGUACAUCUCGGUGGAACCGAGCAACGUGAUCGAGUUGAAGUUUGAGAAGCUGGACCUGGAACCGGACACAUACUGUCGCUACGACUACGUGGCUCUGUUCAACGGAGGGGAGAGAGACGACUCCAGGAGAAUUGGGAAGUUCUGUGGCGACAGGGUACCGGGGGCUGUCGUGACCAAUGGCAAUCAGCUCCUCGUCCAGUUUGUCUCUGACCUUAGCGUGACCUCAGAUGGCUUCAUGGCUCACUAUAACAGCGUGCCGCGUGGCUCUCGGACUCCCACCCCCGGGGGAGACUUCAUCCAUCGGUCCGAAACCCCCUCCACCACGCAGACACCGUCCGCGAAGCCAAAGAGGCCCAUCAAAACGACGGCCAAACCGGUCAAAACCACACCCAAAACCACCAAAACCACACCCAAGCCUAAGCCUAGCAUCCGUCCCAAAGCCACCCCAAAACCAGCUAAAAAACCAACCGUUAAGAUCCCAAUAAAGCCUCCACCGCGUAAACCGACCACCAAGCCCAAUAAGGCUAAACCCACCCCCAAGAUGCCUGUGAAAAAGCCGAUACCCAAACCCGGAACAAAACCUUCGCCCAAGCCCAAAGUCACCAAAGACGACAAACCGACAAGCAAGCCUGCACCAAAGACCAAACCGACUCCCAAAGCGACCGUCAAACCGGCGAAACCCACCCCGAAAACCAAACUGGCCGUCAAACCAGUGAAACCCACCCCUAAAACAAAACCGUCCGUCAAAUCUUCCCCCAAACCUAAAGUGACACCGAAACCCAAGGUGGUCCCAAAGAAGCCGACGGCGAACAAGAAACCUUUGCCACUCAACCCUUUGUGCAAGCAUAACUACAAGAGGACAGGAACUCUACAGUCCAGAUUCUGCCCCAGUGACUUCGUGGUUGCGGGAAAGGUGACAGAUGUGAUCCCUGGUCCGAAAGGUUCUGCCACGUUGGAAGUGGCUCUCAUUAAAGCCUAUAAGCCAGGAAAACUGAAGAUCAGCAAAGCGGGACAGGCCGCAACCGUCAAACUGAACACCACGUGCAAGAGAUCCCCGGGACUGACCAAAGGACAAAACUACGUGCUCAUGGGGAAAGUGGACGCCCAGGGUAAAGGCCUCCUGACCCCGUCCAGUUUCGCCCUCCUGUACAGGCCGGUGCACGCCAAGGCCCUCGCCAACCUGUCGGCCAAGGGAUGCUGAC